ACAUAUUUGUCUUCUGCUCUGAUCUUUCGUGAGUGUCAUUUUACUUCAUAAUUAUACUCAUAAGUAUUAGUAUACUGGUCAUUUGCUGUCAAAGGACAAUUAUGGGUGUAAAUAAAAUUAAUGAACUCGAUAACAAAAUGAAAUAAGCAAUAUCAAACAACACUUUUCAAAACAUAACCAAAGUGUUAACAAUGCUGUAUACAAUACUAUAAUUAACAUUAAACACCGGACAUACUUUAACCUGAAAAUCAUUUUACAAGAUAUCUAAGCAAAAUAAAUUAACGGAAAUAUGGAAAAAACCACAAUUGUGAGUGUCGUUUUGUUUAUGACAACAGUUAUGCAUGGCGAGUCUAAACAGUGCGUACAGAAUGACGAAUGCUCGUGCACCUUCGACGACGGGAGCGGAAAGGUUGAUCUGUCGAUGCUAGGGAGUAAAAGUACUUCUAUAAUCAGAGAUAUAUUUGCCCCGGACAAUUACGCAUAUUCAUUCAACCCUUGCUAUCCAUUCUCAGAAGGAACCUGUGCGAACGCUGCAGGCUGCCAAAUCGACACCGCCAGGAGUAUCUAUUACAACAUAGGCGACUCUAAAAAAGUGGACUUCUCUUUCGACGGAUCGAAUGUUGUCGGCGCCUAUACCGCCCAUGACGGGGCUAGGAAAUCACAGGUCACCUAUAUAUGUGACCCUAGUGCUUCAUCACCAACAUUUACAGUGAUGGGGGAAACAAAACAAUCAUUCUACGAAUUUCGUAUAUCUUCAAAGUACGCUUGCCCGGACGGUGGAAGUGGACCGGGACCCGGGCCUGGACCAAUCAUCACCGUGUCCGUCAGUAUCAGUGUCGGAUGGGUCCUCACAAUACUAUUCCUCAGCGGGACGAGCUUGUACCUUAUAGCAGGGCUGCUUGUGAACAAAAUAUAUCGACAUAAUAGUGGCCGUGAACUUCUUCCUAACAUCAGCUUCUGGAUAUCAUUUCCAGGUCUUGUUAAGGACGGUUGUCUGUUUGUGGUUGGUCUAGUUCGAGGGAGAGGAGGAUACGGAAAGGUGUGAAUUCUACCAGAUAUUUGCUUUGUAUGGACACAUUCUACUUUAUGAUGAGUGGAUCUACCAAAUAAAAAUAUCUCGAGCCAGGAAAAAUUAAUUCACUUUGGCACAUUAUUGUGUAUUGUAUUUACUUGUAAAGUUGAGUUUUGUUUUGGUCAUUUUUUUGUCCUUAACUUCAUUGUUUUGGUGUGUAAGCUGAAGAGAACGCGGUUUUUAAAUGUUACUGAUAUUCGCCUGAUAAAUGUGUAACUUCUUUCGCACAAUCGCACAAUCGUUUGUUAUAAUAUUUUCUUAAAAUAUGUUAAGUGUUUACUAUUUUAUAUUUCAUACUUAGAAUGCACCGUAACUAAAGCUUUAGCCAAGAGAAACAUUGAAUGGACUGUUUUCUUUACCGACGAUCUUUCCAUGCCCGAAAUUACUUUCAUUUAUGUCCGCCAUUCAACAAUGACCUGAAUAGCAAUUAUAAAUACUUCCUUGAUUUCCGUUGCCUUUUCGGAACCAUUAUUACGUGAAUCAUAACAGUUUACUAGACUAGUGUCCAUCGAAUGGUUGGGAGGUUACGAAUCGGUUCAGUUUUUAUAUUGUGUAAUAUAAUUCCCUUACAAUUACCACAAUAUAACCACUAGCUUGAAAUUGAUUCGUUCUAUUGCAUUCCUAUUGCACUGUAUUAAACAAUUCACUACAGACUGAAAGUUAAGUUCUCCAUAUAUUUGUUUGUUUUCUUCAGUUAAGUGAUUGAUUAACUGUAGACAAUACAAAUUAAAACAAUAUAAUGUC